CUUGUUCAAGACAAGGCUGUACCUUUUGCGUUUUGCAUUCUUUGUCAAAACUGUGAGAAGAAAAUAUUAUUUCCGCUGGAAUAUCUUAUAAUAUCAAACUGUACGAAGCUGAUAAUCUAUUAAUGGCAUGCAAAUAAAAGUUUGAAGUCGAAAAACUCAAUCAGCAUAGGCGUAAAUACGUGCAAAUAUAUAAUUGAAAUUGUGAAAUUCGACGCAGCUUCAGCACAUAAAGAGAAACGCCAAUAAAACAAAAGGACACCUAAAAUUUGCAAACCAAGUUUCAACGCACGCACAUCCAGACACAGUUCAACUGUGGUCACAGUGAAAGUUCAAGGAAAGCAAAAGGAGGACUCGUCUAACAAGAUUCAUAAAACAAACUCAAGAGCACAUCAAUUGAAUUCAUAAAAUGGUGCAGACUGGUAUAUCGCUAAACGAGCGUUUCACUCAAAUGCAAUCUCGCCAGCAACAGCCGCCGGCAGCGGCACGCGGACGUCGGAGCCGCUCACGCAGCCGCAGUCGUCGCAUUGUGGACGCAACCGCAUCGGUGGCCAAUUCGCGGCUGCUGCAGGAGUUCAAAAGGAAGCACACCGUGCAGACGGCCCUCAAAUUGAAGCGCAGAAGCUUGCGGACAACUGCUGGCGGCGCCAACGCACGCCUUGGCGGCAUCAAAGCGCUCCGCCUGGGAGCCAAUGGAAAGCCCGUGCGCUUAAACAACGGCACUCGCCUGGCAACCAUGCGCGCCGAUCUCAUCGCCAACAACGGACGUGCACGCCGCAGCAACAGCAGCAGCGCCCGACGUUCCAGCUCGGCGGUUCGUGGAUUAGGCCAGCGUCUGGGGCUGCGCCGUCCCGUUGUGGGAGGCGCAGCAGAGCGUGUGGCUCAACGUCGGCGUGGCCUAUCUCGGCAGCAGCAGCAGCAGCCCCUUCCGCAACUACAGUCGCGCGGUCGUUCACGCAGUCGUGGACGCGCCCGUUCGCUAAGUCGCGGACGCGAUCAGAGCCGUGGACGUUCCCAAAGCGUCGGUCGUACCCAGAGCCGUGGACGCCGUCAGCUGUCGGCUAACGGUGGCAGAGGCGUUAGUGCCGGCGGCGGCGGCGGACGUGCACCGGGUCGUGUUUCUGUUAAGCAACGUCUGGGCGUGCGUCCUGGCGUGGCAGCAGCAGCCGCAGCAGCUGCAAAAGGAGCAGCCAAUAAGCGACGUGGCAAUCGUCGUGGCAACAGCCAAGUGCGCGGCGUCACUGCCGGACGCAUUGAGAAGCGUCGCAAUUCGAACACUGCGCAGAAGACAGUGAUAGCUGCUGCUGGUGGACGCGGACGCAAAGGUCGUGCACGUGGAAGAUCUGCUGUACGUGCCGCUGCUGCUGUCGGUGCUGCUUCUGCUGCCACAAAUCGCUCGCGUUCCCGGUCACGCUCACGAUCUCGGGCACGCCAGGGAAAGGUUGCUGCUAGCGCUGCUGCUUCAUCAAAUGGACGGCAAAAAGGAGCCGGUCCUGUCGGCGCACGUCGUCGCGGACGUAGCCUACAACGCACAGGUGGCAAAGUGGCCAAGGGCGCCAAUAUAAAUGGUAACAAGAAGAAGAACAACAGCACAGAGGCUGUCAAACCAAACCAACUACAACAGGGUCGUCGCGGACGUAGUCGUGGUCGUGGUGGUCGCACGGUUGCAGGUAAGCCGCAGCGUAGGGAAGUAAAGCGCGAGGAUUUGGACAAUGAGCUGGAUCAGUACAUGUCAACCACAAAAUCAGAAAUGGACUUUUUGCUUAAGUAAGGCAGGACGCGACGAUCAAGGAGAAUUACCACCGCAAGGCAGUUUUUACUAAUUCUUAAGUUGUGUCUUUAAAACUAAUUAGCAUUAAGCGUCCCAAAUAACACAUACCACCGGAAAGGUGUGUUAAAGCUCUUUAGUUCGCGCUAAUGAGGCAUUCUGUAAAUAGCAUAACCCUAUAAGUAAAUGACUUUGUUUGCAUAAUUACAAUCUAAAUAUUUGUAUAAUAUGCAACAAAAUACAAUUGACUCCUUGUUCAAACUA